AUGUCUGAAAUGCAUGACAACAUUUUUACAAAGAACCUUUUGAACCUGGCCUUAGAUGAUGCCUUCCUUCAAAGACCGUCCCAGCUAAAAGUCCCUGGACAUGGUCGACUGAACCGAUCCACCUCAUUCUUCUCACCGCCCUCCCCGCCCGCCUCUUCCAAUCUCAGUCUCAGCACAGAUCAUAUCAACGAUGAUGACAGCGGCACCUCGCUGUGGUCAUCAAACAUCUGGAGCCAGGCCCCCAGUCUCCAAACCAAAACAUCUGCUCUGCAGGGACGCUCCAUGAGCUUAACAGAGUCCAACAUUUCCCUACUCUCCACUUUUGGACACCUGAAGAACCUGGAAACCUUUCCCUCAGGACCUGUCACAACAGUGGCUCCUCCACCAGGCUUCCCACCUGCCUCCAACCUGUCUGCCCAGGUGGCACCUAUGCUGUCCCCUAACCGUUAUAAAACUGAACUCUGCCGAGGCUUCCAGGAGACGGGCAGUUGUAAAUAUGGCAGCAAGUGCCAGUUUGCCCAUGGUGAAGCAGAGUUGCGUGGAAUGUAUCGCCACCCCAAGUACAAGACAGAGCCUUGCAGAACCUUCUACAACUUUGGGUACUGCCCGUAUGGAUCUCGCUGCCAUUUUAUCCAUGAGGAAAAAGUCAGCGGAGGCCAACUAACAACUGGCAAGUUCCAGACUAUGCGCCAGCCAAACCCCAACACAACCAACGGUCAGAAUCCACGCCACCAACUCCGCCAGAGUGUCAGCUUUGCAGGGUUCCUGGGCUCGUCACGAGCCUCCCCUCCACCGUCAUUCUCGACAUCCUUCACUGAUCCAAACCUAGGCUUCAGCAGGGCUUCUUCCGUGUCUCCACCUCCAGCAGAUCUGAUGUCUCCUGUGUUCGGUGACUCCCUCACGCGGGAAGUUGCAGCAUUCCAGUUUGGCACCCAUCAAAGCCGUGCCAGCUCUGGAGACAUACACAAGAUUCCUCUAAUAGUGGAGCCAAAGGCCUCACGCUGCACAUGCGGCCAUGGGAAUGACAUCUCUGCCUUGCAUAGCAACAACGGCCGAGUCUUUGCCAAGAUGAUGGACGACAACCAGCAGGACAGCAGUGCCUUGAUUGCAGGCUCGGGCCUCGGCGGAUCAAUGAAACACGCUAGUCUGCAGCGUUUCUCCUCUGAGGAUUCCCUGGAAGAUAGCUACAGCAGCAGCAGUGGAGGUUCCAGCGGGUCUGAAUCUCCCACUUUUGAUGUAUCGGCCACCAAAAGGCUCAUUGUAUUUGAACGUCUGUCUUUGUCCGACUAG